AUGAUCGCCGCUCUAGCCAGUGAAGUUGUCAUCCACCCGAUGGACACGAUUGUGACUCGUAUGCAAUCCGCAAGAUACACCCAAAUAUACAAGCACGUCAACGGGACAAUAAGCCGUUCUCUCUUCACGGGUCUCUAUCAAGGCUUCGGGCCAACCCUGAUAGCAGGAACAAUCGGCUCGGCAGCCUUCUUCACGACGUAUGAGGCGACAAAAUCGGCAUUUGAGGAUGCCCAGGCUGCAGGCUAUUUUCCUGGCGUGCCACGACCUGUUGGCCAUAUUGCCAGUAGUGCAGUAGCCGAGUUACUCGCUUCUGCUAUUUUGAAUCCGGCGGAGGUGCUGAAACAGAAUGCUCAGGUUUUGCAACCCAAGGCCGGAGAGUCUCCAACAAUAGAGAUGUUGAGAAGGCUGAGGGGACGACCCUCGGCAUUGUGGGCUGGAUACACCACUCUGGUAGCGAGUCAAAUGCCCGGGAUCUGUCUAACAUUUGCCUUGUAUGAGACUUUCAAGGAGUCUUUGCUGCAAAAGCAAUCAGGUAGUGAGACUGGUUCACAGCUUCAGGCAAUCGUGCUCAGUGCCUGUACUGCUGGGGCAUUUGCGUCAUUGCCAUUUGUUCCUAUUGAUGUUGUGAAGACACGGAUGAGACUAGCGGUUGGCGAGCGAACAACUGAUAUCCAGCAAAGUCCAAAAGGAGGGAAGGGACUAUCGACACGCGUGAGUGCAUUCUCUGUUGCUGGCAACAUACUUUGCAAGGAAGGGAUAGCUGGUUUAUUCCGAGGAUCUGUUAUGACAUGUGUUGCUGGGGUAGUGGGGAGCGGACUCUACAUUGGAUGCUACGAGGGGAGCAAGCUUUACUUGUUUGCCCAGACUUGA